AUGACAAGAGUCUUUAGCGCAAGCCAGCAUGCCCUAGCCAACAGCACUGAUCGUUACGAAGUCGACAUACCGGUUACGCUUUUUGGGAUCUGCAGUAACCUCGCGAACGCCACCGAAUCUGUAAUCCGGAAUGGCGACGAAACGACGGCAUCCUUCUUCCCAAGACCCUUGGCUCAGAUAUCCAACGACAGCGACCUCCUCGCAGCAAACCUUACGACCUGUCUCGCCACCACCUGCGAGAUGACAAGGCGUCCAUCCGAAUGCGUCGACUACUGUGGGCCGGAAAAUCUUCUCCAGUCGCCGACCGAAUUUGAUUUCAGUUCGGGUCUGUUUCGAUGUGCCAACAAGCUUUGCAGUAACACCUGCGGACUGCCGUUCGCAAAUCAAGAUGUCUUUGGCAUUGGGGUCCUGAUAUCAUACUAUGUUCAAGCCGUCCUGCUCUUAGCGUUGGCGGUAGCUGUUUCAGCAUCUGCCGCCUGGCAGCUUUUUCGAUUUGUGACAGCAGGAGUCGCGUCAUUCUUCAUGUCACCAGAGGAAGUCGACCCCUUGAACGGCUACGCCCUGCUGGCCGUCUCGCUCAUGGGAUGCAUUGCUCCAGUAUUCACGCUGCUCCUGCUCCACAGUCAUGGCAUCAAGUCGUGGCAGAGCACUGCUCUUUGCCUAGCAAGCUGGCUUUUGAACACUGUCGUCUUCUACAUGCUUUUCGGCAAUCUGAGCAACUCAUUGAACACCAUCGAACGAGUUGAUCAAGUCCUGCGCAACUUGUUCCAGACAGAGUACUGCGGUAACUCGUCCGCCAUGGUUCUCUGCCAAGAGUGGACGGGCUCAAAUCCCGUGGAGUACCUAACCGAGUUUUACAACCAAAACAUGGUCACAAAUAUUCAUAAUGUUCCAGUGUUAUGGGCGUAUGCGACUCUUGUCCUCCUGGUCCUUGUGGUAAUGCAGGUUCUUGGACGACGCGAUAGGCAUACCUCUGGCUGCGCAUCGAUCAAGCAGGUAACCCCCAAGAAACAGCGCACCCUCCUCGGAAGGUUUCCCCUGCCCUCACCUCAAUGCUGGAGGUUUGUCCUUCUCCUGGCCACGACAACGCUCUUUUCUCUCGCACUUAGCUGUCAAUAUGUCAUGGUGUCAACUUAUCAUGCAAUGGACGUCAUUGACACACACGAAUGGAGUUUCGGUCAAGUCGUCGCAGUCCUCAUCUGGGUGCCAACACUGCUAGAGGUUGUGGAGUCAUUUAAUGGCAAAAAGGAGAUACAGAGGAUAGCAACCGGCCGGCAAAAGCCUGAGCCAAGCACAGCGACACGUCUGCCAUCCUCCGGGUCCCGCCAGCCGCUGGCACGUCCCUGA